AUGCAACUGCUGAAAGGGUACGGGCAGCUCGUGCUGCUCAACUUCCUGAUGUUUAUGUCCUGGCGCCCCGGCAAAGGAUUUAAUGUUCCAAACUACGGUGCACCUUACCGGGGCACAACGCUCAAACGAGUGUCGCCAGCGGCUGAUAGCGAAUACGGUAGUUACUUCCCUGAUGAAGAAGCCUUCCCUAGCUCACGGCACGGAGUUACUCAAGAUGUACGUCGUGCGAAACUCAGCGCAGUUUCGAAUCCGGAUUUCUACUUUCCGCCCGAUCCAGAAGCCGAUCUGGUCGAAACCGAUCCACCGGAGUCCGCGCCGGAGGGUCGGAAGUAUCGGCCGCAGACCGCUCCAUCAGCGUCGUCGGCGUUCUCCUACAACCCGAAGGAUAAAAACGGUCCACCCAACUGGCACCGGAUCGAUGCUCGUUGCGGAGGGCGCUACCAAAGUCCAAUCUUACUGAACACGAGCAGUGCCUUGCUGGUGAAUCGCAAGCGACCCCUACGCCUGGAAGGUCAGACCAAUGUGCCACAGUCCAUCCUGCUGCAGAAUGAUGGCCAUUCGGCCAAGUUCACCUACAACUGGCGCGCCGGUGAUCGUCCCAGCUUGAGCGGUGGUCCGCUCAAGACCAACUACCUUUUCCAGCAGUUCCACUUCCACUGGGGCUCAAAUAGUUCGUUCGGCUCGGAACACGUGUACGACUAUCAACGCUACCCGAUGGAAAUCCAUCUCGUGUUCUACAAUGGCCUCUACAGCUCGUUCCAAGAGGCCAGCGAACAGGUAGAUGGAAUCGCCGUGGUUGGACUGUUCUACGAGAUCUAUCAGCACUCGGUGGACGAGCAGCUGAACACGUGGACGCAGUUCUUGCGCAACGUCAUCAGACCGGGCGACGAGUUCACGAUUCAGUUGAUCGACACUUUUCCACUCUACGAAGUGCUGGGAGAUGUGGAAUGGCCGUACUUCUCGUACGCAGGAAGCUUAACCACGCCGCCCUGCUUGGAGACUGUCACGUGGAUCGUGUCCGCCAAACCGCUGCUGGUAACGGAGAAGGAAAUGACUCAGUUCCGGCGUUUGCGGUCAGAAACCGGCAAGAUGGCAAACAACUUCCGGCCGGUGCAGAAACUGAACUACCGUCGAGUGUUCUUGUACUGACACCAAGACUGAGCUACGGAUCAGUGAGGACGAUCGUCAAAAACGGGCUGUUGACUGUUCCGCGAUAAAAAAACGACUGACGCACGCAGCGUUCGUCCUUCUCAGCUCCAAACCAAAGGAACACCAAUGCGAGUAGUAAGGGCCAUUUCAGAACGUUUUGAUUUUCUGGGCGACCUGAAUGCCGCGAUCACAGUAUUAGCUAGAAAUAUAGUGAAAUCCUCCUCU